AUGUCAACAUCGACGAGGCCGUUGCUCCACCGUCAAUCGAUAUCAGGCUCUACGAACCCCCUAGGUGCCACACGCCUACCGUCGCACUCGCGCAACAGCUCCCACUCCCACGCCCACUCGGCUCUGUCCGGUGCCCUCAAUGCCUCCCACCGCGUCAGCCGCCGCAAGAGCAUAACCAACGCCGCCAAUGUGGCAGCCGUGGCCGCCGCCCUGACCGAGGCUGGUGACAAGAUGACUCCGCUCCCCAUGGCCAUCAGCUCGCGCCGCAAGUCGGUAGCUGCCAGGUCGUCCAUGGCCGGCAGCCUGCCCUCCCCGCCCGCAAGCAUGCCCACGCACAAGUUCGUCAUGACCGGAAAGCCGGAGGGGCAGGAGAGCGCCAUCGACGAUGACUCGAACGAGAUGUCGGCCGAGGAAGGCGAGAACGACCCCCAGAAGGCCCGCGUUCGCCGUGCUAGUGACGGCCAACCCUUGGCUAAGGAGGGCAAGAAGAGCAACCGCAUCGAGCUUCGCUGCGACAAGUGCGGGAAAGCAUACAAGCACAGCAGUUGCUUGACCAAGCAUUUGUGGGAGCAUACUCCCGAGUGGUCGUACACGUCCAAGCUGCUUAUCUCCAAGCACCAACAGGUCCAGCUCCUGGAAGCUGCAUCCGUGUUGGUGCAGAUGAACAUCAAGGACGGUUCCACUCCUCCGGACUCUGCGCGCGAUUUUGCCAGUGAACCGGAGUCUGCUGGAUCUCCAGCUGCGUCGGGAUACUCGGACCAGUUCGAUGGUCGUAGCUCAGCCGACACAACGCCGCCGCCUCAAGCUGAGGCUUACCACGGCGGCUUUGCCUACCGCAACGCACCCAAGAGGUACAGCAACGGCAGCGGCUACUCGCGAUCGUACCAAUCUGGCGCAUGGAAUGGCUCUCAGGCCGGCAGCAUCCCUAACGGCGCCGGAUUUGGCCACAACCGCCACGGCAGCACGGAUCGCCGCCCUCCAUCGUCCGGACUUGGCGGGUCUGGCCAGGAAGAUCAGGACCUUGCGGCCGCCGUAGAACUGCUUAGUUGCAGCUUCGGCAGCAGCGGAGGACCUCGGGACUCGAGGCUCCCAGAGGACGCCCCGCCUGUCCCACCAUUGCCUGCUCAAUACCUCGACCAAGCGGCCUUCACCAGCACAAGCUUCCUGAACAGCUACUCGGCACGACAGAUGCCCGAGAGUUUCACUCGCGGCGAAUUCCGUCACACUGAAGAUGUGAAGAUGGAAGACAGCGAGAUGGAUGACGACGAGGACGACAGACGUUCCCGUGUCCGCAGCGAGGACGACGACGACGGCGUGUUCGGCCGUAUGGAGGAGUGA